AAGAGUUUUAUCAGAUCUUCCUUGUUUUCACACGUGUAAUAUACCAUCCUCCUUUCUCUCUUUUCUCCCUUUCUCGGAACAACAAGAAAAGCUACUCUAACUGGUGAACAUUGUCAGAUUAUUAGUUCCGCUUAAGCCUAUGUAAUGUACACCUAAAUAUGAAUAAAAAGUUCCCUUGUGAAGGUAAAGUUUCAAGGCUGCUUUACGAUGUGAAACAAAGUAAUGAUUGUUGUAUUUUAGAGUGCCGUGAGCAAAAACGUAAAUGCGACUGCAAACAACCUUGUGAUAGGUGCGAACGAUUCAACCUCAAAUGUGUAUACCUCCAAGCCGUUUCACCUCGUGAUCAAGAAUAUGUCGAAAUUGCAAAACGCGAGGAGAUGCGAUGCGAAAUUAAAGCUUUGACAGAACAAUCGGAAAUGCUUGAUCGAGAAAUGCGUAGUCUGCAGUCCGCCAUACGAGUUCAGCAUCAACAAUCACCACCCAUGUCAGCCCAAGACGACGUUGUGAGUCUGUAUAGAAAGGGACGGCCAUAUCUUGUCUCUCCCAUGAUAAUACCCCAUUCUUCACCUAUCAACGACUUGACUGUGACAACGCCACCUGACGCUUCUUGCUCUCCUUUCUCCUCGGUGGAUGAUAGCGUUAGCAUCGUUAGCAACAGCAGCAACCAUACAGCAGAGCCAGCAGAUAACCGUCAUAAACAACAUGAUCUUUACUAUAACAGCACUAGUAAUAAACGACGACGAGUGAUUGCUCGAGAAGGCCAACUUUCUGUGGCGUUGAUACGUGACAGAAACAAACAUAAGCCCUGGACAUUGACGGUCAAAGAUGGAAAAAUGGCAAUAGAGACAUUCAUAAACAGCCAUAGCGACCUUAUGGCUCGAGUAUGGGAUAUGACAAGCACCCUGCGGGCUCAGGAUAGUGUUCCUUUCUCAUUCUUUGCCUUUUCCACAGUUGGCGCGCUUGUGAAAAUGUUCAAUACUAUGAUACUCAACAAAUACGGCAAGACUUAUUGUCGAAGUAUGGUGAACGCCAUGCGCAUCUCCUCUUCUUUCUCAUCUCCGCCAGCAACAACUCCUCCAGAUACGACUUUGACUACAAGCGACGAGACCACUACUCCAAAUACAUCAUUGAUACCAUCAUCGCCAUCGCUACAAAAUAUCGAAUCCCUUAUUAUGCCACUUCUCGAGGCCUAUUUUCGCUGUCGCCAUCUUUGCCACCUUGCACUCCAUAUUCCCACCUUCAUGCGUCUUUUUGUUACGAACUACUCCGAAAUCUCUACCUCUCCUGUUGUCAUGGCACUCUGUGCAACCAUCUGCGUCAGCGACAAUGCCUGUUGCCACCAUAUUACGAAGCUUGUGCCACACACUCUGCUCAAUGCACAUGCGAAAAUGUACUAUGAUAGAGCAAGGCAGCUUAUAUCUGAUCGAUUCGACGACUUGUGCCUAGAAAUAUUUGCGACUUACGUAUUUCUCACCAGCUACAUACUACAUUCAUCUGCAUCAUCACCAUCAACAACGACAACAACGGAUAAUGACAACAUUGUACAACAGCAUCAUUACCGUGAUUUAGCCGAGCGAUUUAUGCAGCUACUGGAACCUUGUCACGCAAAUUGGCCACUUGAUGAAUCGAUCCUAUUCCGAAAACUUAAAACAUACCUGCAACGACUGUUGACGUACGAACUGGCAUUAAAAUUCAAAAACAACGAUACCAACAUGCGAGAAACAGGCUAUGUACGGUUCUACGAAGCCUCACACAGUAACUCUCAGCUGCAAUGGGUUACUGCAGAGGACGAUGAAGACACGUUACGCGAGUUUACCGAGAUGCAAAGAUACCUGCAGCAAUUACGCGGAGCCGUAUACGAAAACAGCCGUGCGUCAGGCAUUCCGUCACGAGACCUCACGGUGCUAACGGAAACGGUCAUACAGCAACAAAUUAAGCAUGCAACUGCUCAUUGCACAAUCCCAAGCCAAAGGCAUUGUGCCGAUCUUGACCAUCUUAGCGCUUUACGAUGAGAUUAUUUUGAUCAUCCAGUCGUUUCUUCAUAAGAG